AUGCUUGAUGAACCAGAUCUUGAUGGUGUACCAUUAAUUCAUACCUUACUUGUUCUACAUGAUGCAUCAUUGGUUACAAUGUUACUAGAAUAUGGUGCAUCAGCUAAAUCACGUGAUUCACAUGGACGAAGUUGUGCGCAUAUUGUUGCACAGUUAAAUGAUAUUAAAUUAGCUGCUAUUGUUUGGAAAUAUGGAGCAGAAUUUGAAGCACGUGAUGAAGAUGGUCGUACACCAUUAAUGAUCGCCGUUUGGUCAUCAAAUUAUAAAAUUUGUCAUUAUAUGUUGGAAACUAUUGGAGUAGCACCAAAUGUUGCUGAUUAUCAGGUUAAAUAA